UCCAACCCACUGGAAAAGGGGACAGAAGCAGCAGCAGCACCAGCAGCAGAGAUGCUUUGCCGGAUGCACCUCGCACCAUUCGCCUCCAGCUCCCUGGCCAGCCGGCUGGGCACAGUGAGGACCCUCUGGCCACACGCAGAGACCAUCUUCACCGAGCUGCAGCAGGAGAUGGAGAAAGCUCGGGAGUUCAUGAGCAGCUUCGAGCAGCUCCUGAGCAACCACGGAGCCAUCGCUGCAGAGCACACCCCAAGCACCAGCAUGACCCUGACCCAGGGCUCUGGGGACGGCUUCUCCGUCUGCCAGGACGUCAAGAACUUCGCUCCCGAGCAGCUGUCGGUGAAGGUGGUGGGCAGGAAGGUGGUGCUGGUGGGGCAGAAGGAGACGCAGAACGUCGAUGAGAAGGGCUCCUUCUCCUACAAGUACGAGGUGCUGAAGCGGGAGUGGGACGUGCCCGAGGAGGUGGAUGCCGAAGCGCUGACCUGCUCCCUGUCCAAGGAAGGGCAGCUCCGCAUCGAGGCCCCCAAGCUGGCACUGCCGGCCGCUCCCGAGAGGAACGUGCCCAUCCAGGUCAGCCCUGCUGCCCCACAGACCGGACCAGCUUCUGAGGAUGGAGCCAGCAAGAAAGCCCAGGUGUAACAGGAUGGGACCCGAUGGCCACGGCAGGACCGGAGCAGACAGGAGCGAGUCUCGGGUUUAAGCCCAGACAAGCUUCAUUGGCAAUGAUGUCAUUUUUUUCACUAUACUGGAAUGUUUUUGUAUCCAAUAAAAACACUUUUGCAUUGAA